ACUACAGAAAAGCACAUUACUCCAUCAAGAUUAUAACAUCAUAACUCUGAUGCAGAUUGUAUAGGGAUGCGAUCAAUGAUGUUCCUGUCUCUACUGCUGUGUGCCAUCUGUCCCUUUGUCUUGCUGUCCUCUGCUGUCCCUACACCAGGAACAGAUGAAACCAGGCUCUUACAAGUUAUGAUCCCUGAAAGCCUUCCCGUGUCGGCCGUUCUGGGAGGAUCCUUAACUCUGCAGUGCCUUGUGUCUCUGCCACCCCCGUCCUUCUUGGGGCAUCUUGGUGAGCACACUAUGCCACGGGUAAAGUGGAGCAUGCUCUCUGUUGGACGAGAGAGUGAGAUCCUGGUGGCACGAGGGGAGAGGGUGAAAAUAAGUGACCCUUAUAAAGGUCGGGCCUCUUUGCCGAACUAUGCCUCCUCUCCGAAUGAUCUCACUCUCCAGCUGGACAGCCUGAGGCACAAUGAUACAGGAUUUUACCGCUGUGAGGUCCAGCAGGGAUUGGAGGAUGCUCAUGAUCUGGCUCAGAUCAAAGUGAAAGGCGUUGUGUUUCACUAUCGACAUCCCUCCAGCCGUUAUGCGUUCUCUUUUGGUGAGGCCAAGAAUGCAUGUGAAGACAUUGGAGCUCAGAUUGCCACUCCAGAGCAGCUUCUAGCAGCAUACCACAGCGGCUAUGAGCAGUGUGAUGCCGGUUGGUUAGCAGAUGGAUCUGUCAGAUACCCUAUCCAUAUACCUCGUGAGGGCUGUUUUGGAGAUAUGGAUGGCCUGCCAGGGGUCCGGAACUAUGGCAUGAUGGAACCUGAUGAGCUUUAUGAUGUUUAUUGCUACAUAGAGAAUAUCCAUGGCAAAGUGUUCUAUGGAUCUACCUCACAGCGAUUCACACUGCCUGAGGCUAAAGCAUAUUGUGAGCAACAGGGUGCACAAUUAGCCAGCACAAGCCAGCUUUACGCUGCAUGGAAUGAUGGUCUUGAUCACUGUAGCCCAGGUUGGCUAGCUGAUGGUAGUGUACGCUAUCCUAUUGUAAACCCACGUGAGCGGUGUGGAGGGCCUGAACCUGGCGUUAAGACAGUCUAUCGCUACAGCAAUCAGACAGGCUUUCCUGAACCUCACACCCGCUAUGAUGCCUACUGCUUUAGAGCAGACCUUAAUUCUCAGACAGUCAACCCUUUUAAUUUCUUGGCCACAGAGCCAGAGGACAUUAGCCAGGACAUUGUGACCUUAGCUGACACAGAGAAAGAGUUCAGUCCAGGUCUUGUGACUCAGAAGACAGAAAAAGAGGCUCAAGGGGCUGUUGAGAUUUUAUCGUUCUCCAGCAUACACACAGUUAAGACAAACGAGCAUGACUAUACACCAUCACCAUUUGAUAAAGUUCAUACAACCACUGCUAGCAGACAUGUCCUCACCACUUCAGCAAUAUAUGGAGAGAAACCUGAGCUGACUCAGAGCUCCUGGCAAGAAGUGCUCAUCAAACCUAUUGACUCUGAGGCCAUACCAAAUAUACACCUGGAGCCCAGCUGGAAUCAACCAAAGUCAGCAGAACAGCAAGAUAAAAUUAAUAGAACAGCUGAUUCAGAAGUGAAGACUGACAAUUAUACACACUAUCACCCAAUACCAGACACCAACAUGGAGCCAGAAGAGCAAAUAGAAAACAAAACAUUUACAGUGAGUAAACCAAACACAACAGUUGACACCUUGGAGUCAUUGUAUGAGUUUAGGGAAAUUGGAGGAUCUAAAUCCAUGCCAGAGACCAUCGAUGAAAGCCAUGUGGAUGAGCAUCCCACUGUAAUAGAAGCACAAGCAGGUAGCAUCACUGUGGCAUUGGAAUCAGAUAUCAGUCUGGACUUCAGAACUCAGACCACUUCUUCAGAAAUCACUGAGGGCUCAGGAAGAGAACUGACUACAGCAUUCACAGAGAAGAUUGGUCCCACCCCAAGUCAAGAAGAUUUGUAUGAACAUUCUUCAUCUGAAACCACCACAAAGAGUUCCUUGCUGGAAGAUCUAAGUCAGCCUACACUGAGCUUUGAACAAAGUCAUGAGCAGUCUGUUGCAACAGAUGUUUCCAGUACUAUAGAUCAAGUGGAGCAAGAAACAGGACAUUCUUCAGGUGAAUCUCUAGUAGUGUCUCUCAGUUCAGCUGAUAACGACAGUGAUCAUGAUUCAGGAAUGACUGUGACACCAGUACAUUUAUCUGAGAACCAAACUGAGUCCAUUGAUGGUUCUGGUGCUGAUGACAAUGUGCUACUGUUGACUCUUCUGACCUCACCUGCAUCUCACUUGUUGGGCACAUCCAUUUUGUCAAAGGCAUUGGAUGUAGAACCUAGUUCCUCUCAGGAGCUGGAUGCUACUGUUACAGAGAGCAGUACUACAUUUGGCGUCAGCAUCAUAAAGGAGGAGGUGAAGCAGUUUGAGCAGGUGAGGGUGGAGAAAGCACCUGGCCUCCAUACCACACCAACAAAUUCACUCACUGAGGCCAAGACAGUGUCAAGCAAAGACAACACUGGCCAUGAAGAUAACUCAUCAAGAACAGAAAAUUCUUCUGGCUCAGGAGCUUUAGUCACAGAAUACCCAGAUCUCCCCUAUCCCAGUGCUACUCCCAUCAUACCCUUCAACUCCACAGACCUGCUUCUCUUGAACACAACAGAGGUUAAUGAUACUGAAAAUGUUUCCAGCACCACUCAUUUUACUGUGGAGGUGACACUGAUCCCAGACAUGACCCUAACACCAAUCUGGGACACAAUGACCCCUCCUACCCCACCACAGGAGUUCAGGGCAGAUGUGGAGAUCAGUGGUGACACCUCAGUAAGUGCAGAUGACUCUGACACCUCAGCAGAGUCAGACCCUACUGCAGUUCCCACUACUGAGAACCCUGAGGAGACCCAGAGUCUGACCUUCUCCAUGGCAACCACUGACAAAGACCAUGAAGAUCAGGAAUUGACUCCCACCACAGAAUCUCCAAACAACAAGGAAGAGAUUGAACUGACAACCCUGAUACAACAUACAACCCAACCUCCCAGACUGGCAGACAGAGUGUUGGACAGAACAGGCAUGUCAGAUCGCUGUUUGGAGAAUCCAUGUUUUAAUGGAGGCACCUGUGUAGACACUGGUACUACUGUCAAAUGCCUGUGUCUGCCAACCUAUGAGGGAGAAUUCUGCCAAACUGAUCUGGAGCAGUGUGAGCCAGGCUGGGAAAAGUUCCAGGGCAAUUGUUAUAAGCACUUCUCAAAACGUCAGAGCUGGGAGGUGGCAGAGCAGCAUUGUCGGAUGUGUGGUGGUCACCUGGUCUCUGUUAUGUCACCUGAAGAGCAGUAUUUCAUCAACCAUAAGUAUAAGGAGUACCAGUGGACUGGUCUCAAUGACAGGACCAUUGAGGGUGACUUCCGUUGGUCUGAUGGAAACCCGCUGCUGUAUGAGAACUGGUAUCGUGGUCAGCCUGAUAGUUAUUUCCUAUCAGGAGAGGACUGUGUGGUGAUGGUUUGGCAUGAUGAUGGGCGCUGGAGUGAUGUGCCCUGUAACUACCAUCUGUCCUACACUUGCAAGAAGGGCACCAGUGAGUAUGCCACCCAGUGAACUGUUUGUGGCCAGCCACCUCUUGUCUUGAAUGCUAAACAGUUUGGCGAGCGACGAGCUCGAUACGUGAUUAAGGCUCAGGUGCGUUACCACUGUGAGGAAGGUUUCCUUCAGAGGCACAACCCCAUCAUCAGAUGCCAAAGCAAUGGACAGUGGGAGGAGCCACAGAUCACCUGUACACCAAAAGCAGUGGAUUUAAAUAGAAAACAAGUUACAUUGCCCUCUACAAAGAACCAGGAAGCCACAGAAAAAGCAAAAGGACAAUGGUUUUAAACCAGAGCUUUUAAACC